AUGUAAUAAAAUAAGUUAUUGCAGACCAUAUAACAUGUUUUUAAUUUGAAGAAUCCCCUCUUUCGAGAAAAAAUAAUCAUGUUAUGUUUAGUCUUUGUUUAAGAAAACAAAUCAGAAUACCCAAUCAAAACUCUGCUUGAAUAGUUGCCAUUUCAAUUUGAAGAGUUACUAUAUGAUUACAUUAAGAACUUGAAUUCUGAAGAUCCCUUUAUUUUAUCAAAAGCUUUUGAUUUAUUAACUUAAAAAGCCAUGCAAAUGAUUUUAGAUAGAAAUACAUACAUAAAAUACGAAAUACAAUUACUUAAAUAUAUUGCUUAACAAUAAAAGAUCUAAUAAAAUUAUCAUAUGGCUAUCAAGACCAUUAAAUAUGUUUUAGAAUUAGAAUUAAAAAUAGAACCUAGAGAUUCAAUAAGCAUUUUAUCCAGUCGUAUGAGUUUGGUGACUAUAUUGUCUACUUCAGGAUAACAUACAUAAGCUCUUAAUGAAUUAAAUAUCAUAUAACAUUUCAUCAAUCAAAUUUAAGAUCAAAAACCAUUCCUAAAACUUAUUUGCAUUAUGUACUAUAAUUAUGGAGUAGAAUGGGAACAUUUAGGUUAACUUUUUUAAUCUCAAAUCAAUCUUUCUUAAGCAUUGGAAAUUGCUAAAGCCAAUAAGUUUGAUGAGCUCCUACUAAUUGUUGAAUAAGCAAUAACAAAUAUUAAAAAAUCUAAAUGA